AUGGCACACCAAGCACACUCAUAUCAUAUAGUAGACCCAAGCCCAUGACCAAUCUUCGGCGCCACUGCUGCCCUACUUACAACCUCCGGAUUAAUCAUAUGAUUCCACUAUAAUUCAUUAUACCUAUUAACCCUGGGCCUGCUUUCAAUGUUCUUAGUCAUAAUCCAAUGAUGGCGAGACAUUGUACGAGAAAGCACCUUCCAGGGCCACCACACACCAACAGUCCAAAAGGGGCUGCGAUACGGGAUAAUCUUAUUCAUUACAUCCGAAGCCUUCUUCUUCCUGGGCUUUUUCUGAGCAUUCUUCCACUCAAGCCUAGCCCCCACACCAGAACUGGGAGCACAAUGACCCCCAACAGGAAUUAACCCCCUAAACCCCCUAGAAGUCCCUCUACUCAAUACGGCUAUCCUCCUAGCUUCAGGUGUUACUGUUACCUGAGCACACCAUAGUAUUACAGAAAGUAAUCGAAAACAAGCAAUCCAUGCACUAUCAUUAACCAUUAUCCUAGGAUUCUAUUUUACUGCCCUUCAAGCAAUAGAAUACCACGAGGCAUCAUUCUCCAUUGCUGAUGGGGUCUACGGCUCAACCUUCUUUGUAGCCACAGGAUUUCACGGAUUACACGUAAUUAUUGGGUCUUCCUUCCUUACAGUCUGCCUCCUACGACUUAUCAAAUUCCACUUUACAACAAACCACCACUUCGGGUUUGAAGCAGCAGCCUGAUAUUGGCACUUUGUAGACGUCAUCUGAUUAUUCCUCUACAUAUCCAUCUACUGAUGAGGUUCCU